AUGUAUUUUGAUGAUAUUGUAUCAUUAUGUAAAGAAUUAGAUUCAUCAAUGUCAGAGAAAAUCUUAGUCCAACAUCUAAUGAAUGGCAUUCGUCCCGAAUUUCCCAUACCACUCUUUCGUCAUGAGCCUCCGACCCAACACACUGAAGUAUUUCUGAAGGCGGCUAAGAAAGAGCAAGAUAUUCAAGAAACAUUUCAAAAACUUGAUGAAUUGAAAUUUACCGAUUCAAAAGCAUACUUUGCACUUAAUCCAAAAUCAAUCCCAUUCACAGCCACCGUUCAGCAACAACCAUAUCGACAUCCGCAUCAUUUAGCUCAGACUUCAUAUCAAGCAACACACGAGAGCUCCGCUCCAAUGCGGAACUCAUUCCCGUCUCAAUCCGCUUCACAAACUCAGCGCAAAUCGCCUAAUAUCCAACAAAAUCUUCAAUCGGGAGCACUACGAAGUCAGUCACACAAACAACGAUCUACAUUUUUACCCCAAUUUGAUCCAUGUAAAAUUUGUGGUAGGGAAGAUCAUGCUUCAAUUCAUUGUUAUUACAAACAGAAAACUGGCUGUUACAAUUGCGGACAAAGUCAUUUAGUCCGUGAUUGUCGAAAGCAACCGUUUUUCGAGUAA